AUGGGAGAUAUCAACAGUAUCAUGGAAGCUGAUGAGAAACAAGGGGGAAGACAACAUAGACUAAGCAGAAGUAUAGACUUUGUUGGAUGCAUGGAGGAUUGUAACAUGAUGGACUCUGGGUUCUCUGGAGACAAAUUCACUUGGACUAAUGCUAGAAGACUGAGAGGAAGGGUCCUUAUGAGGCUUGAUAGAGUCAUGUAUAAUGAUCUAUGGUCCCAGAGCUUCUCUAUUGUCAAUAUUAGACAUCUUCCAAGGACAGGUUCUGAGUGUGGUAACAUGGAUCCCCCAAAGACUAAAUAUUUCAAGUUCCUGAACUUCUGGAUUGAUCAAGAUGACUUAAUGAAUAUAGUGAGGAAUUCUUGGCAAAUAGUAGUAAGGGGCAACCCUAUGUGGAUCAUGCAGCAGAAACUGAAGAGACUUAGCAACUACCUCAGCCAGUGGUCUAAGAACCAUAUUGGCAACAUAUUUGAUAAGAUGAAGGAUCUUGAAAACCAGCCUGAUCAGCCCAAUGAGUUCAAGAUCCUGGAGAAUAUUGAUAGUAUUUUGACCAAUGAAGAUAAUGAGAGCCUUGUUGCUGUUCCAAGCAUGGAUGAAACCUUUCAAGCUAUUAUUCUUCUUGAUCCAGAUAGUGCCCCUGGGCCUGAUGGCUUUAAUGGAAGAUUUUACCAAGCUACUUGGGAUGUUAUCAAAGAGGAUGUGCACAACAUGGUUAAAGAUUUCUUCAGAGGGGGAAAACUUACCAAGUUUUUUACUCACACCUGCCUGAUUCUAUUACCUAAGGUGGAAUCCCCUAGCAACUUCUCUCAGAUGAGGCCCAUUAGUUUGAGCAACUUCUCAAACAAGAUUAUCUCUAAGAUCAUCUCCAACAGAUUGACUAACCUACUUCCCAAGCUGAUCUCUCAGAAUCAGACUGGUUUUAUUAAAUGCAGACUGAUCACUGAGAAUGUCUUACUUACACAAGAAUUAGUUCAGGACAUCAAGAAGAACAACAAAUAUGGGAACAUUGUCAUGAAGCUUGAUUGGAUAAAGCCUAUGACAAAGUUUCUUGGCUCUUUCUCAAAUCUACUCUCAGACAUAUGGGAUUUUCUAAAAGGCCUUAAGCAAGGUGACCCUCUGUCACCUGGACUAUUUGUAUUGGCUGCUGAAACCCUGUCCAAGGCUCUAAAUCAACUACACAACAAAGAAAGAAGCAUCAAAACGAUCACCAAGAUUUUGAAACAGUAUGAGAAGGAAUCUGGUCAAGAGAUCAACAUAGAAAAAAGUGUGUUUUUGACUGCUACUAAUUCUCCUGAAGAUAGAAGAAGAAUGAUUGGUAGGAUUACUGGCUACAAACAUCAAUGUUUUCCCAUGAAGUACUUAGGAUGUCCUAUUUUCCCUGGGAGGAAAAGACUAUCCUAUUUUACUGACAUCGCUAAAAGUGUCAUGAAUAAGGCUCAAGGAUGGCAAGGAAAUAUUUUGUCAUCUGGGGGAAGAGCAACUAUUAUUAAGCAUGUCUUACAGUCACAAACUCUUCAUACACUAGCUGCAAUGUCACCCCCUAAAGGUAUCAUAAAACAGCUUGAAAAGUAUUUCGCUGAUUUUUUCUGGGGACAGACUGACAACAAAAAGAGGUAUCAUUGGAGUUCAUGGGCAAAUAUGUGUUACACUCAAGCAGAAAGAGGCACAGGCUUUAAAAGCAUUGUUGACAUUUGUAAAGUAUUUGCCUCCAAAAUAUGGUGGAGACUGAGAGUAGAAAAUAACAUAUGGUCACAGUUUAUGAUGGCAAAAUAUAGUCAAAGAGGUCAUGUGGUUGCAAGAAAUGUUCAAGGAUAUCAAUCUUUCAUCUGGAAAGAACUUUUGAGAAUUAAAUCUGAUGCUGAACCUCACAUUUUAUGGAAGAUAAAUGAAGCAAAAAUGUCCUUUUGGUUGGACAAUUGGACAGGUCUUAGCCCACUAGCUGUCUAUCACCACUCUGGGAGUAAUCCUGGUACUCUUAUGGUGGCACACUGUCUAGUUGCAGAUAGCUGGGACAUGGAAUACAUUGCAAAGCUUGUUCCACCUGAAAUCUGCAAUGUCAUUCAGAAGAUGGACAUUGGGCAAAGAGACAAAACUGAUCAGGCCAUCUGGAUGGAUAAUCCAUCAGGAAAAUUCGCCUGUGCCAGUGCUUUUCAAGCCUUAAGGAAAAGACUACCUGAAUCUCCUAUUUGGAAAUGCAUAUGGAAUAAAGGAAACCCCUUUAAAAUGGCUUUUAUCAGCUGGAGAAUUAUCAAGAAGAAGAUGCCUAUGUAUGAUAGAAUUAAGAACUUCUCUAAUGAUUCUGAUCCUAUGUGCAUUUGCUGUAAUGAUCCUAAAGAGGAGACUAUUCUACAUGUCUUCAUUGAAGAGGAGUUAGCUACGAAGUUGUGGAAACCUUGGAGCUCUAUCAAAUAUGGAAACAAAAAAUACUCGGAGGCCAAGAUUUGUUAUGAAGUGGCUCAGCAUGUGAAGGGCAUCAUUAACAAGAAAGGCUACAAUAUUGACUUGAGUGACAACUGGAGCAGGAUAUGCAGUAGCAUGGAAGCUCACAAAACUGUGUUAACUAGCUUUCCUGUUGUUUGGAGCAAACCUCCAGAGAAUAUCAUCAAGAUUAACAAUGAUGGAAGCAGCAUGGUACACUACAACAAAGCAUGA